UCCCUUUCUUUACCUGUGAAAAUUGAAUCAAAUGGAAGCAAAUAUUUUAAUGGAAUGUCAAGCUGUAUUCAACGUUGCUUUCUUGAAAUACACUUUUAUUUAUUCCGAUACUUAUAACAAUACUUUUUAAAUCUAGAUUAACAUAUAACAAUAUCAUUGAUUCUUUCAAUAUAUAAAUCCACGUGUUCUUAUAUACCUAGGCUUGGGAGGAAUUUUGUUUAUGGAACAGCCGUUUUCGGCGGAUGUUGUGGUUUGACAAAGAGUUGGACUUCAAAUUUAAUUGGAAUUAUUCAAUUUUUGCAUUCAGGUAAACGCACAAAGGAUACCAAUUUUCGUUAUCAACAGAGGCCACCAGAAAUCAUUCCUAACUAGUGAAAAUCCUGGAAUAUUAUACUCUCUUGGAAACUAUGAAGUGAACUUUUGGAAUAUGCCAACGGGUGUGUCUUCUAGGGGCUAUGAUGAUGCAUAUGGAACACCUCAAGGAUUUGAUGUCAACCAUAAUAAGAAAGAUAGCAUUCUAAAGUCAGUAAGAGAACAGGAAGCCCAGUUUGAGCGUUUGACUCGGGAACUUGAGGAGGAAAGAGCCAGAGUCUCUCACAAAGUCCAGCAGAACCCAGCCGUGUCUACAUAUAGGAUAGGUUCGGAGACCGAAAGCAUGAAUAGUAUAAGUAGUACUGAUGAUACUUUUCAAUGGGGAGGACCCCAGGACGACUCGCUCCGUUUUGGAGACGAGUCACACGGUCUCAUGGACUCCUGCUUACACGAGCUCCAGAGCCGGGGUACUAUGCACUUUGGUGAGGACAACAUGAACUACAUGCCAGAGGACCACUAUGGUGGCCGAGGGGGCCCAUACAGCGGGGACUACAACUCGUACAAUGGAGGACCACACCACGACACUUCCAUGCACUCAUCUCAUCACUCCCUGCAGAGCAACAACAGCAACCGCAACCCACGCAUCCAGCUGAAGCAGAGUAAUCAGAAUCUGGGCAGCCGUACGUCCCUGCCCCAAGACCAGCACAACGACAACUAUGCACCGUAUUCUGGCCUCCAGCGCAACGUCCACCCUGACUCCCCUGUCAAUGGUUCCCAGCGUGGACCCCCCACACCCACCAGGUUUAACCCAAACUAUUACGAUGGUUACGGGGAUAAUUACCGUAAUAGCCCUGUACCAUCGGAGCCUCACACGCCGCGGGGUUAUGGUGGUAGCUUGGAUCCCUACGACGCAAAUCCCAUGCAGCAGUUUCAUCCGCCAGAUAGUUCCUUCCACAAUGACUCAUUCUCUAGAGCUCCUGCCCCCACAGACAGAUAUGGAGCCCCCCAAGUGGAGGACAGUUUUUACAGACAGUCUCCCAUGCUGGAAAGAGGCUACAGAGAUGACCCAAGGAGCAAGUACAUGGACAGCCCCCGGGGUGGGGCCCAGCCUCAAUACCCUGGGGAUGAUCGGUACAAUGACAACAGUUUCCAAGGCCAGCCGGACAGUUUUCACGGUCCCCCUGAUGACUAUCAUGAUCAGCCGGACAGCUUCCAGGGCCGGCCAAACUAUUCAGGAUCUCAGCACAUGAUUGACAGGUAUGGUGAGCCGGUAGACAGUAGAGGGCCCCCACCUGAUGACAGUCGUUACCAGGAGGAAGACUCGUACAGGGAACCCCAGGAUGACAGCUUUCGGGGACCCGUACCUCAGAAUGACAGGCACAGAGACUACGAUGACGACCAGCCAACCAAUCAGAGCUUCCUACGGGAUCCCCAUGGCAACUAUGGAGACCCUUACUACCCAGAAGAUGAAAACCGUCGUCAUGAAGGCCUGCCCCAGGUCCAGGACGACCCGUUUGCAGACGACCCGUUCCGCCAGAAGCAGCGUUCUCUGCUCCAUUUACAGCAACUAGAGGAUCCCUACCCCCGGGGACACUCCCCAGCGGCUGGCAGCGAACGCAUGAGUCCAGGCAGUCUUCACAGCCUUCAUGAUCGUCCCCCGCAGUAUGACGGGCGGGAGGGCCCAGUCCGCUACGUGGAGGACGACCCUCACCACCCAGAUGACAAUUACCCGGAGGACAGAUCUCACACACCUUCUGGGAAUGAGGAUUCAAUGCGGUGGCGGUCACCUGACCUCCAGGAGGUGAUAGACUUUCUGAGUCAUCCUAGCGAUGCCAUCAAGGCCAACGCUGCUGCAUACCUUACCCACCUCAGCUACAUGGACGACAACAUCAAGCAGAAGAUACGAGGUCUGAACGGCAUUCCUCUACUUGUGGACAUGCUGAACAGCGACUUUCCUGAGGUGCAUAAGAACGCCUGCGGGGCGUUGAAGAACAUGUCCUAUGGGCGACACAAUGAUGAGAACAAGCGUUCUAUCCGUAAUGCGGGUGGUAUCCCGGCGUUGGUACGGUUGCUAAGGAAGACCCAGGAUGAGGAUACCCGGGACCUGGCUACAGGCGUGCUCUGGAACCUCUCCUCAUGUGAUGAUUUGAAGAAAGCCAUUAUAGAUGAUGCGCUGGCAGUGCUGGUGAACAGCGUGGUGAUACCGCAGUCUGGGUGGGAGAAACGGGGUCUGCCUCCAGUACACAACCAGGACUCCUGGACCACAACCUUCCGCAAUGCAACCGGAGUUUUACGGAACGUGAGUUCAGCAGGUGAAGAAGCCAGGAAGAGACUGCGAGAGUGUAACGGACUUGUGGACUCAUUAAUUCACACGCUAAAGAUAGCAAUUGAUCAAAAUAAUGUGGACAAUAAACCAGUCACAAACUGUGUAUGCACGUUGCGGAAUUUGGCAUUCCGAAUUCAGGAAGUUGCUGAUCCAGACUUUUAUAAGAAGCGUGACGCAACUCUGCGGAGACAGAAGAAACAGGAGAAAGGAGGGACAACUGGCUGUUUUGGUGGUGGCAAUAAAAAGAAAACGGGACCAAAUAAAGGACAAACUAUAGAAGAUGAAACUCAGCCUCAGCUACCCCAGACGGCUCAAGUGUUCCGGGCACUAUGGGGUGUGGAUGCUGUACGCUACUUCCUGCAGCUUCUCACUGGAUCCAAUCCCACAAUGCUCGAGGCUUCCUGUGGGGCCAUACAGAACCUAGCAGCAUGUGACUGGAAGUUUGCAAUAGAGAUUCGGGCGCUGGUGCGCAAGGAGAAGGGGCUGCCUAGCCUGGUGGACCUGCUCACGUUUGAGGAGGAGAGAGUGGUCGGGGCUGCAGCCACCGCCCUCAGGAACCUCUCCAUUGAUGAACGCAACAAGGAACUUGUCGGCAAGUAUGCCAUGAAGCAGCUGGUGAGCAACAUUCCCCAGGACGGUCGACCCCGGGAGACUUCGGACGAAACAGUGGCAGCGGUUCUCGCAUGCUGUGAAGAGGUCAUACAGCAUAACCAGGACUUUGCGAAGUCGUUUGUGAAUGAGCGAGGUGUCCCAAGACUGAUGUCUAUAGUGAAACACCAGGAGCAGUUCAAUCCAAGGUGCUGCAAGUUUGCCCUAGCUGUGGCCAAGACCUUGUGGGGCUUCAAGGUGCUGCACUCAGACUUCAACCAGAAUGGAUACACACAGAAGGACUUCUGCCCUCCCCAAGCGGCCAGGUCCCAACCGCAGAGCAAUUACAGCACGUUACGACAGAACCAAGGCUAUGACGACACAACAAUGCGUUCUCGUCAUGGCAACGGGAAUGGUUACCCUAGUAACCACAUGACAGGAAGCAAUCCCCGCUUGGUACAGGGCCACAGCAAUCCUGCACUGGACCAACAUGAUAUGUAUGGCAGUAGGCAGGGGAUACCAAUGGUGGACAUCCCAGCCCAGCCCGCUGGAUAUGCCCCCAUAGAUGACCCUGUCCACACAAAACCCAGGAACAAACUGCCUGCUGGAGCUGUACCUCUAUUCCCAGUUGAUAACACAGAGCCUGUCUAUGCCCAGGUCCAGAAGAACCGUAACCACGGUGAUGAGAGGGCAGAGCACGGAGGCCCUGGUCAGAUGAUGCUGUCAGCUGACAACCCAGACGGGGUCGACUCCUGGGUCUAGCAAGGGCAGGGACCCUGGUCUGGUGCAUAUGUAAGAGACACAACUGUGAUUCAUCAACUGGGAAAGACUGCCUGAAAUGGAUGGGAAAGAGUGUCUGAAAUCAAUUGGAAAGGGUGUCUGAAAUCGAUAAUAAAGAGUAGCUGAAAUGUAUGCAACAAUAGUCUUAAAAUUGUUUCUGGUUUGGUGACAAAGGCAUAGAACAUGGUGAAUUGUCAAUCAUUUUUAAAGAUACAGAAACAGUUUUUGAAAUAAUCUUCGUGGCAAUCAGCAACAUUUGUGAAGACAUACGCAAUAGCUCUGACUAAUGUAAGCUUAAUACAUAAAUAAUCUUUGAUUGUUAGGUUGGCAAUGUUUUGGAGGUUUGACUGUUCUCUUGACCAUUUCUUAAGAGCACUCCAUCAUAGUUGGCCAAGGACCUGAUUUCACAUGGGUGAAUCAGCAAGGACCCUGCAACUGUUUGACAAAUAUAGAUCUGAACUAAGUGUUGAGUGUUGAUGACUGCAAGGAUGUGCAUGUAGGCCUAAACCGGACUAGCAAGCACACGGCUUGUAAGCUGCGUUCACUUGUGUCUGCUGACUUUUAAGUAUUUGAACAAACAUUCCAAAACCCACACUUUGUGGUUACACUGUAACAUAAUUAUGUGUAAUAAUGAAUAUAUAUAAGCUACUAAAUAAAUAUUUGUGUCUUUACCUGUAUAUGUGUAUUGGCAAAGUGAGCAACAAAGUUCAUUCUUUUAAGGAUGUGUUGAGUUGUGUCUUGCAAACAUGGGUGUUUUUAUGCUAGCCAAGCUCCAUUCCAGCUUGCCCUAUUGCACAGUCUGGUCAGAAGCUCCACUGUCCGCUAUAAAAUAACACAAAUGUUUCAUGGUCUUAAUAGCAGACAGGGGAGGUCAAGACCAGGCUUUUAGCAUGCUGAGGUUUUAAUGGAGCUACGCUGGCGGCAUAUUGCAUAAGACCCAGUCGGCUCACUUGAAGUCAUGCAAAGUUGUUAUGUAAGACAAGGUUGUGAGCACUGAUAUUGUGUGAGGAAAACAUAUCAGCUUUGUUUCGGUUGAUAUAUCUUUGGUUGUGCAAAAGAUAAAUGUAAUCAUGCAUUCUGAAUACUGUUUUAACGCAACUGUUAUGUUAAAUUGCUUAUUUUAGCAAACUGACUUGCUUGAAUAGUAGUUAUCUGUGCUGGGCAUAAUAGAUGCACAAUGAAAUUACUCAUUUUUGUAUCACAUUAGUAUGCUAAUUUUAUCACUAACUUCAAAUUUAAAGAUUCUUUUUGUAAAAUCAAGUGCAGAAAAUGUAUGUGCAUUUUUACCUGAUGCAGUAACAGCACUUUUUACCAUAAAUGGUUGAUGUAUUUGUUCUGUGUCACAUUCCAGGUGAAUUAAUAUAUUUUUUUAUUAAACACUCCAUUUUUUUUAUUGAAAAGUGUUUUUGUCAACGACAUAAAGAUUGUCUAAAUGAUUAAAAAAAAAUAAUGUACAUUUGUAUCUGAAAUGUCCAAAGAUUAUUUCUUGUUAUGCAUAUAUGCACAUAAUGUCACUUUCAAACCUUUGAAUAUCUUUACUUAAGAUAUAUUGUAAAUAUUCUAAAAACAUUGAUGUAUAAUUAUCAAAAAUCAAAAGUCAUGUUUACGUAGUGCAUCAAGUAAAUCGUUGUAAAUCAGAUUAUGCUCGUAUGAUUUAGUGAUUCAUAGAUAACCAUUAUUUGGUGUUUGUAUAUUUUUUUAUGUAAAUGCUUAAUAUAAGAAUUUUUCUAAUACAACAUAAUAUAUAUAUUUUCCCUCUGUAUUUAUCAUGCUGUUAUAAGAAUAAUAAUAUGUUUGUACAUGUGAAUCAAUUUGUCCAUAAAAAAAUAAUGUUUUUAAAGUAAUAAAAGAGGGAGGCAUCAAA